AUGUCGCCCAAUAAGCACUCGUGGCGGUAUGCUCGUCCCGGACCGAAUCACGUGGCGGACGAAUGGGUGCAGCGGGAGACGUGGGGCGCAAGCUUUCCGACAUGUAUAAAUGGGAUAGAGCAGAGCCCUAUCAACAUCGUCACGGGCGAGGCCAUUCCGAUGAAGUCGCUUCCCGAGAUCUCCACUGACAUCGACGCGGCGCCGCACUACGUCUCCAACACCGGCAGCGGGUUCCAGCUCUUCGAGACGACUCCGACAGAGAGCAUGAUCGCGAACGGGACAUUCAUCGACACGAUCGAGGGCUCAAGCAAGGGCGAGAGCUGGGUGGGCGGCCAGAAGUUCCUGUUUUACCAGAUGCACUGGCACACCCCGUCGGAGAACACGAUCGACGGCCGCUCCUUCCCGCUCGAGGCGCACUUUGUGCACCAGUUAGACGACCCGAUGCUGGUCGGCACGCCGCCCUGGCUCGCCCCUCCCUCGAGCCGACGUGAGUGA